AUGGAUUCUGAAAAUUCAAUUUGUUGUGUACAAAAUUAUUCAAGUGAUCAAAUAUUAACUGAUAUAACAAUGAAUACAUCUAUUCGAAGUAGUUUUCUUAAAUCACCAAUACAUCGAAAUGUUUUAGGACCUGUUUUGGAUACGUCAGAUGUUUGUCCACAUAUAAUAAUAUCUAACAUAUUAAAUUAUCGAUUUCUAUGGUCUGAUGAUGAUGAUGAUAAUCAAUUAUUAGAAGAUGCAAUCAAUGUAAUUAAAGGUUUACUUAAUUAUGAUUCGAUUUUACGAUUUCAAUUAGACGAUCUGAAAAAGGACUCUAUUUCUCUUAAUAUAAUUGAUUGGAAUAAUUUAGCCAAUGUACCACCACCAUUUAUUUCAAUACCUGAUAAUGAUUCAGAUACAUUCUAUUUUGUAGCUCGAAAUAAAGCAAUUGGUUUCAAUGAAGAAUCGAUUGAUAAUAUGUCGUUGUAA